CAGUAUCAUGCAGACUUCAAUAUAUGUCACGAUUUGCAUGGUCUCAUCAUUGAAUAGCACGCCUCACACCUGCCGGUAGAAGUUUCCUAGUACACCGUCAGUCAUCAGACAUGCACUACCAUACGCGCUUGCUUAAAAAGGGCAAGUGUGUGUUUGCGAAGAGAAUUAAAGGCAGGCUGGCGCAAAAGCUACCCCGACGAUGACGAGUGGUCAUUACUGUCGGUUCUCCUCUGCGUCACCUCCGGCGUCGAGAUGACGCCACAGUCCUUGAUAUAGUAGUCGUCGAACGCGCGCGGCGCGCGACAUGACGAGCAUCGAUGACUCUUGACUGGGCUGCCAGACGAUGUGCACCCGGACUCAUCAGCGAGGUUAGGCUUCGGGUGGAUGAUGAACUGGACGGCUUGAUGGCGUCGUCGUCGGAUGCGGUGCCCAGAACAACCCGAGAGUCACCGGCGUUGGCGACGACCAUGAGGUCCCCCUACUUGACGAUGGACAACGUGGUGCAGCCGCUCUGGACCGCGUCCAAGUGGCGGCUGCGCUGGAGCUUGUCGUACACAGUGACACAUGUGGCCCACGUAGGACGGCUUCCAGACGUCAAACUGGGAGCCGCCAAGCUUCUUCUCGUCGUCGAUGAGCGAUGCCAACACGAGCGCCUCUUACUAUCGGUGUUUGUUCAGGUUUUCCAAGUAAGAAACAUGGAUUCAUCCUUGGCGUUGGUUUAUAAAAAUAACUCAUAAGUUAGAUCCAUGAAAAAAAUAUUACGGGGGAAUAAAUGCCACACAUGCAAAAAAUAUUACGGGGAAUUUAAGUGGAAAACAUUAUUCAAAUAAAAGAAACUGCAUGCAA